AUGGCACGCUCCAAAAAAGCUUGUGUUGUGUUCUUUGAUGAAGUGGAUGCCAUUGGAGGUGCACAAUUUGACGAUGGUAUGGGUGGAGACAAUGAGGUUCAACGCACCAUGCUUGAAAUUGUGAACCAACUGGAUGGCUUUGAUGCUUGUGGGAAUAUUAAAGUUCUAAUAGCAACAAACAGAUUUAGUUGGACUGUUUCCGUCAUCCAUUCUUUAUUCAAUUUUGGCCUUUUUGUUGUGCCUUUUGAUCUUAUUUUCUUUCAUCAACUGCAACUGGUGACAAAACUUGCUGUUGUUCAACGUCGUGUGAUCGACAUAAUAUAUUUCUAUAAAUGA